AUGCAGGGAAAAGGCUCACAUGAUUGCACCUGCUGUGUCCCAGUAGUCAGUCUGGCUUCCCUGUCCACUGUCAGAAGGUGGAGAUCUUGCUCAUGUUGCUGGUACAGUUUCCCCUUGAGCUUGCCUGCCUUACCUCUUCUCUCUGUAAUAUCUCUGUUAGGACACUUCCUAACUAUAAAUCUUGUAUUUGCUUUUCUUGAGCUUCUUCCUGCAGCCUCCUUUGGUAUUCACAAUGCUCAUCAGUCAGUUGCAGAUCAUACUUUGUUUGUGAGUGUCAUAUUUAUGCAGUAUUUUUUCCUCUCCAGUAUUUUUAAUUUAUAG